CAUGCAGCCUCUCUUCCUCUCUCUCUCUCUCUUAUAUUUCAACUGCUUGUUUGUUAGUUUUUUAUAAACAUUUCAACUGUUUGUUAAACAUAGCCAUUUUGGUUACUCUCUUUCGUUUUGUCCCCUCCUCUCCGCUCCUUUCUCUCUUCCCUUCUCCUCCUUUCUUCCCUUUCUCUCUCUUCCUGUGUUUCAGGACAUCGUGAUUUGAUUCCAUUUCUUGGUCAUUAUCCCCCCCUUCAAUCUUGAUUUCGCGUCUGGGUUUUCGCCUUAGUUUCUUGGUUUCUUGUAAUUCAAUGUCUUUUUUCUCUUGUUGUAAUUAAUACCUCCAGCUUUUCUUGUUCUUGGUUAAUUAGUUUCCCCAAGAUCGAUUUUUCGUGUGCCAUCACGAGAUUAACAUUUACGGUAAAUUCUCUAAAUGGCACAACUCCCUCCGAAAAUCCCAAGCAUUGCUCAAAAUUGGCCCGACUUCUCCUCCUCCUCCGCCGGCGCCGGUCAAAACCCGUCGUGGGUCGACGAGUUCCUCGACUUCUCCGCCUCCCGUCGCGUCAACCACCGCCGCUCCAUCAGCGACUCUAUCGCCUUCCUCGAAGCCCCCGUCACCAACCACCACCUCGACAGGCUCGACAACGACGACGACGACCAGUUCAUCCCCAUGUUCUCCGACGACCCACACCACCACGCUCUCAAUGUGGACCCCACCGUGUCCUCCUCCAACGCCUCCUCGCCGUCCGAUCACGACAGCAUCAACGACGACCACAAAGAUCCAGUACCGUCCGACGAUCACCACCACCACACCGGCGCAGAGACGGAGGGUUCUCUGAGCCAAUGCAAGACGGAGCCGCUGGAGGCUCCGCCGUCGAAUCCCAACUCCGCCGCCAAAUCCGGCAAUCGGAUCCUCGACCCCAAAAGAGUCAAGAGGAUUUUAGCGAACCGGCAAUCUGCACAAAGAUCACGAGUGAGAAAACUGCAGUACAUAUCGGAGCUCGAACGCAGCGUCACUUCUUUGCAGGCGGAAGUGUCGGUGUUAUCGCCGAGAGUUGCGUUCUUGGAUCACCAGCGAUUGCUUCUGAACGUAGACAACAGCGCUCUCAAGCAAAGAAUCGCAGCUUUAGCCCAAGAUAGGAUUUUCAAAGACGCACAUCAAGAAGCGUUGAGAAGAGAAAUAGAGAGGCUGAGGCAAGUGUACCAUCAACAAAGCCUCAAGAAAACGGUAAAUUCCCAUCAGGCCGAUGGUGCUCCGGCGACCGAUCUCAAGCCCUCCGGCGAAACAGAACGGCUCCUCAAUGUCUAGUCAUCAUCAGAUCAAGAUCUCACUCUCUCUCUUCCCGGCAACAGUUGUCGAUAAAAUCUCUCUGUCUCAAGAUUUGAAGAAGCCGGUUUUAUUCAUCUAAUCACAUUUUUUUAGCUGUGAUUCGAAUUCAAUCUGAUGUAUCUGAUUUUAAAAAAUUCAUUUUUUUUUUUGUUUUUUGGGGUGGGAGUGGAAUUUGUAAAAAGAAAGCUGGUUUGAUUUUCCAUUUUUUUCUUUUGUGAGUGUCUAAUUAAACAUUGUGUACUAAUUAAGAUUUAUGUUGAAUAGCUUAUUUUUCGUCUUCUACA